AAUUGGGCAGCGAAUAAUUGCGCUCCAGCAGCUCCAGACGAAGACAUAAUGCACCGGCGCGCCUACUGGGACGGCCACGGCCUCUUCUGCGAGGCGGACUACCACGAGCGCUUCCCCAAGAGCCCCACCCAAACGUCGGGGAGCUUCACGUGCCAUAAAUGCUGGGCGUCGCAGCCCGUCGGCAAAAAAUACAUCGAGCGGACGAGCGUGAACGACUUGAGGGUAUUACGGUGCCAGCAUUGCAACGAUGGGACAGUGAUAGCGGCGCGCGUUCACGGCCAGUGGGCGACAUAUACAUCAAUUAUGGCGCGGUCUGACCGGGCGGGGCUGUGCGAGGUGCCUUUUUAUGCGAAUUUGGAUCGUGUCGCCCUGGAACUGUUACAGCCGGGGCUGGCGCCGACGCAGCGCGCGACGAUUUUUUGGAGAAGAGCGAAUGACGGGCGCAGCGAGGCCGCUGGGUUUUAUGCGUAUCAGUACCCUGGAGACCAAUUUGACGAGCGCGACGACGCCGUGGCGAUGGAUAUGCCUAAACUAAUUGCACUAUAUGUGCGGCCGGAGUUCCGCGGGCAGGGCAUCGGGACCGAGCUGCUCCGGGACUUCCUCGGUCAUCAACCUGUCAGGGAGGCGAAGCACGUGGCCGUCGAGGGUGUCACGGACGAGGGCUUGAGACUGCUCGCCCGGGCCGUGCCGGCCGAUGAACGGAAGCGCUUCCUCGAGUACAAGGGGGACGAGUUCGUGCGGAGUCUCCGGCUGGCGCUCGAGCGCCGCGACCGCGUGGCGAGCUACGUAUCGCGCCUCGAGCGCCACGUCCGGCGGGCCGCGCGGACGCCAGCGCUCGAGCCGGGGCCGGACGCGGCGGCGGCGGCGGCGGGGCUAUUGCUCGUCGCCGGCUGUGGCAGCUGCGAGCCAAUCCCCGAGGGGCCGGACGGUUGUAGGAGCUCCGAUACGCUCCCCGCCGCGGGGCCGGACGACGACGACGACCCCGGGCAGCCCGCGGUCGGCCCCGGCGACGCGGCGGCCGUGGACGCGCUGACGAAGACCUACGCCGCUGCGUUGCAAGCUUCGGAACAGGACGUGACGUCGCCGCGCAAAAAGAAGCAACGAAUCGUCGAGCUGACCAUCAUGACCUAACCGGCCGAUCCGCGCAUCGCCGCUCGCAUCCACCGUGAUAAUGUGUUCUAAGAUAAGAAA